UUUAUUUAUCAUAUAAAAACAAUUCAUCGGGAAUAUUUUCUUAGGGUUCUGAUGGAUUUUCAAAAUUGGGAUCCUGGGAAUCGAUGGGUAUCAGGAGACUACGAUCGGAUUGGGCAUCUUUAUUCAUCGGGAAUCAAAGGGAUACGGAAGAUUCAUGGAGAUGCCGAAGGAAAAGAUCAGUUAAAUCUUAAGGAAGGUUUCAAGGGAAAAGGAAAGAUAGGUGGAUUCACAGGAUAUUGGGCGAAGACGAGGGAUAGCUAUUGGAUCUGGUUGAGGGGUUUACGAUUGAGGAGCCCUAUAUCAAAGGAUCUGUAUGGUUCGAAUACCGGGUUACGAUUAUCUAUGAUAAUAUCGUUUCGGAUCUUGGAUUUGGUCAUCGUUAAGACGAAAUUGCGAGAUAGCGAAGAGGUAACGUGGUUGGAAGUUUUAACUUCAGAAGAUUUGGUUUUACGGAAGUUUUGGACUUGGGUAGUAGUGAUCAAUAUAAAUGGAGGGUCAACUAAUUGGUAAUUCCGGGGACAUGAAAAGCGGUGAGGGCAUCUUAAUUUUUAUGGAUCAAGACCUUCUAGUAGUGAGAUCAAGUCAGCAGGUUAUGGCUUCGGGUAUUGGGGUUUUAACAGUUUUAAUAAGCUCUAUGAGCAUCUGUCUUUCUUCUGGUUUUAAAGUCAUUAUGGGUCUCGGUCUGGUUAUGUUUUUAUGGUUGUUAGCAAUGUUACUUUUCAUGUUUAAGCAAUGGAAUAAU